GAAGCAGUCUGAGCGGAGAAUAAUUCCAGGCGCUCGCUAUUGGCUCCCCGUCCUCAUCUGUCAAUCUGCGGAGGCGGGACUCUGCCUGCUCGCGCUCCCAGGAGGCGAUAGAUGCGCGAGCUGUACUUUUCUACUGUGUUGGAGCGCUUCGCACUUCUCGAGCUCAGUCCGAGCGUCAAGUGAACGGCGUGCGGAAAGCGCAGUGGGACUUCAACCAAGGAGAAGUUAUCGAAGGAGCCUGUAGUAUUGAUUGCAGCAGCCUGCACCUGGAUAAGCCCCAUCAUCAGCGCGCGGAGAAGCGAAAGAGCGAAGAAAGUGUGUUGACGGCAAGCGGGCAGCUGUUAUAGAAGGAAGGCAAUAUGAUGGUGAAGCAGCAUAUGCUGUUUACCCUGUACAGCAUCUGCGGGAUCGUCCUUAAAGAUAUUCUCGCCGUUUCAGUGGCGGCAACGAAAAACAAAGUGAGAGGAGCCCAAGGCCAGUUCCCUAUUGUCCAGAACAUGACUGUGACAGAAGGAGGAAUAGCCAACUUGACCUGCCGUGUGGAACAUAAUGACAACACCUCCCUCCAGUGGUCAAACCCUGCACAACAGACGCUCUUCUUUGGGGACAAGAAAGCGCUGAGAGAUAACCGGAUUGAGCUGGUCCGAGCCACGUCGCAGGAGUUGACGAUCAGCAUCAGUGAGGUCACGCUGGCAGACGAGGGGAUGUACACCUGCUCCCUCUUUACCAUGCCUGUCAAAACAGCCAAGGCUUUCCUCACCGUCCUGGGUGUGCCUAAGAAACCAGAGAUCAAUGGACUCACCAAGCCUGUGUUGGAGGGAGAUCAGAUCACUCUGACCUGUGUGACCUCCGGCAGCAAACCUGCGGCUGAUGUCCGAUGGUUCAAGAAUGAGAAGGAGGUCAAAGGUGCCAAAGAAGUGAAUGCCAGUGGCAAGACCUUCACAGUGAAGAGCUCCCUGCAGCUCCAGGUGAACCGGCAUGACGACGGUGUGGCCUACACUUGUAGAGUUGACCAUGUGGCCCUAACUGCCACCCACGAAGAGACCACACAGGUCUUGGAGGUCCACUAUGCUCCCUAUGUAGAGAUCAAACACUCCAUACCAGCCCCACUGGAGGGGCAGUACCUCAAACUGGAAUGUGUACCUCACGGAAACCCCUCGCCAGACCCAGUACUCUGGACUAAAGAUGGAGGAGAGCUGCCAGACCUGGACCGGGUGAUUGUUGAAGGAAGAGAGCUCACCUUCAUGUCACUGAACAAAACAGACAACGGCACCUACCGCUGUGAAGCUACCAAUCACCUCGGCACCAGUCACGCUGAAUAUAAGCUGGUUGUUAAAGAUGCCCCCACCACAUCGUCACCAUCCACAACUUCCCCUGCACCCACCCUCCCAGACACUACAGGUCCCUUAGACUCCAAGCAUCUCAAUUCUGCUGUCACCGGUAACAGAGAUCCUAAUGCCCUGCCAGGCCCGCCAGACCACGCUCUCAUUGGUGGAAUAGUCGCUGUCGUCGUCUUUGCCACUUUGUGCUUAAUUAUUGUAUUGGGACGCUACCUGGCACGGCAUAAAGGCACGUAUUUGACAAACGAGGCCAAAGGAGCGGAUGACGCCCCGGACGCAGACACAGCCAUUAUCAAUGCUGACGGCAACCACGCACACGCAGAAGAAAAGAAAGAGUAUUUCAUUUAGACUGCAAGUGGCACUGCACUCCUCUCUCUCUCUCUCCUCUCGUUCCUUCCCUCCUUCCCUGCACCGUGUAGGAACUUCUUCAGACAGCAGCGGAAGCUUCUUCUCAUCCUUCUUUUCCAUUCAGUUUGUUUUCAUUUCAGUUCGGAUUUCUUUUGCUUAAUUUUUUUUCGAUAACAGCUCACCUGCUACUUUUUACGAGCAACUUAUUUGCUGAAGAUGUCACCUUUUGUAAUCAUUAAAUAGCUGUAAAACACCCCAAAGUAGUACAAAAAAAGUCGAAAUCUCCAAAUAUGUAAAAAGAAAAGAAAAUAGUCAGCAGCCAUUUUUCAGUAAGGACUCGCCCUUCAUUCUCUCACAGUGCCUAAAUAUACAGAUGUCCGCUGAGUUUCAGUCAAUGCCUUCAUGUUUGUCAGGCCUCUGAUUGGUUGCUUGCUUUUUAUCUUCAGCGUUAUGAUUUUUAAAAAAAAUGUUUUGUGCUGUUACUUUUUUUUUUUUUUUUUAAUAAUUUCUACUUUGAUUUUGGUUGUGAUUCAUGCUGAAUCCAUUAUUGUGAUGUUUCUCCCAAAAGAAAAAAAUGAUGUACAGUAGUAAAAAUAUACUCAGACUUGAAGUGAGGGAGGUUCCCUUUUUAUUCUACAGAUUUUUAGGUGUUAAUAAUGUUAUCGGUACGUAGAGACGCUCCAUUUUCCAAAUAACCAUUACAUGAUGUGAAACCGACAGCUCUCACACUAUGGCUAAAAUCAGUAUUUUGUACUUGAACUGUAGAUAUUGGUACGUAAAUGAAUAGCUCCACAGAAGGUCUCAGUGUGUUCCACCGAAAAUCACCUUGUAUUUUUAAAUUAGUUGAAACCGUUAGGUUUACCAACUCUGGUCACCAAAUAAACCAUAGUGAAUUAGCAACCAGGCAAAGAGAGAAAGAAAGAAAAAGCCCAGUUGUGUGUUUGUGUAGUACGAUGAUGCAUCUCCACUGCUUGCUUCUGCAGCAGUCUGUGUAUUCCUGAUCGGCCCCCGGUCUGCGAGCCUCCCCAUACGCAGCGUUGUCAUAACAACAGAUCCACGGUCGAGGUGGGAACCAUCUGAUAUGUCAUCCUUUCAGCUGUUUACACAACCGUUGUGCCGAACACUAGAAAUCUCACAACACAGAAAGUCAUAUUUAACACAAACAAGUAGUGUGCAACUAUUUCAAAGCUCUUAAACCCGGUCAGAUCUAUAUACAGUCCAUGAAAGAUCCCAAAAACGUUUUAUGCAAACCUAAACAUUUCACAAACGUUGUAAUAAUGUGCAAGUCUCACUCAUUUUACAGCACGAGUUUUAGGCCAAUCAAAAAAUAAGCACAAAUGCACAUCAACUCAGUCAUGAAUUGGUAAAAAGAACCAACUUUGAUUUUCACCACCCAAAACUGGACAUCAGUACGCUUUAUGGUCACUGAAGUCACAGGUUAUGUUAAUGUUUGGAAGUGUUUUUGAAAUUACGGUAUCUAUUUCUGUUCUUUUCUUGAUUUCUAUGAUGAAUAGACAACCUUGCUAAGGCUGUAUAAUAUAUCUGCUAAAUGUGGUAACUAGUGAAAAUUGUUGUUAGACCUUGGGAUCCCUAAUUCCAUCAAGUUUGUAUAUUAGCUGAUCUAAAUAUUGGUGGGGAAAAAAAUCGUUAAUUUUUUCAUCCUAUUUGUCAUUAAAAGAUUCUCGACAACUUUGCUUUAGCUCAAGGCGUGUAUAUACUGUACAAGUAUCACAUUUUGGUAAAGCAUUUUUGAAAGAUUGUUUUUGUUCGACUCACAAUGUAAAUUAUUUAAUUUCACUUAAUCGAAAACCACUCGAUGAGUUCGACGGCAUUUGUGACAGCAAUGGAAACGGCAACGCUAAAUAUUUGUCCACCUGAUCUCAGGACGAAAACGUUUUGUGGAUUUUCAUGAGACAUGAAAUAUGUACCAAUAAGUACAUAUCACUGCAGUUUCCAACAGAAAUGUCCACUGAGUGGCGCUAAAAGAUGAACGUACAUAUGUGGCAUGGGUUUGUACGUCACCGCAGUUCUGACUUGAAAUGUCCAUUGAGUGGCGCUAUAACUCUAAUGCUAACAUAUAGUAUAAUGAUAAUAUUAACAAAAGUGAAUGUGACGUAAAAACGCAAUCGCGAGCAUGCCGGUUUAGCUUUGUUUUUCGAUCUGUCAUCUUUCAGAUCUUUCAUCGUAAGUCAUGUUUUUCACAGGAUUCGUACCCAAAGAUUCCACAUUCUGAGUCCAAUACCUUACCGGCUGAGCUACCGAGCAAGCUUGUUAUGCGUGGAAAGCGAAACAUACGGUGCUGUAAUCAUAACUGUAUGAAAACGGUUACAAGCAGAAACUGCAGUUAUAUACUUAUUGGUACGGAUUUCGCGUCUCGCGAAAUUGUUCCCACAGGUACAUUUUUGUCAUGAGAUCAGAUGGGUACUUGUUGAAUGGGAGACUUUAAAACACUUUUACCUGAUGUUCGUUUGUAAAUGAUGACGAAUAGUGUUCAUACUUGCUUUCGCAGUCUGUUCUCACAUAUGAAAUAUCACUGAAGCUUAUCAAACCAAUAGAUGGUCAAGCUUUAAUUUUUCAUAGUAAUAUCUCAAUACGUCUUUUCAUUUUAGUCAUAAUGCACCACUAUAACACAUAUCACUUCCAUAUACAAGUAUGUUACUCAAAUGUUAUUGUCUCGUCACAUGUAUCCCUAAUAUGUGUGAAUAUAUUAAUGGCUAGGAAUAAAGGAGUCACUGGGCUGUGUGUUAUCAAUCAGAUUACAUACUUCUUAAGGCCAAACCGUUUAUCAGUGCACAAAAAAAUCAUCAGUUUAAGCCUUAUGAAACAACCGCUGACAUGCUAUUCAAGCCACGAUUACCUUUAAUUUAUUUCUUUAUUCUGCUACUUUCGCUUUCUCAAAGCCGUCUGCCUGGCAUAAUAACUGCUAACUAUGUUUGGUACUUGUCUGUCUGAUUGUGACGCUGACCUAAUGCUGCCUUUGUGGUCAGUAAAUCACAUGCUAUUAUAAAGAAAAUACAUCCACUUGCUCAGAUUUUGACCCGUUACAGGACAUACUCGUUUCUAAGAAAAAAUAAAUCAGCUUCUUUUAUCACCAUAAUUGCCUUUGUGUUUGUAGUGGGAGCUUCAUGCUGUUUGGUUUCAGCUGUUAUGGGUUCUUGUUUCAUUGAAGACUGGUUACCCAAUGCCUGCUUGUUUCUUUUCCUUCAAACUCUUCUUUACACAUUGCAUGUUAUUAUUGUCACCUCAUAUUUGCUUUUUAAUGCACCAGAACACAUUUCAAGUUUGAAGUUUUUUGCUCAGCUAGUGAUUGAUGGCCUAAACAUUAACAUUUAAAGUUUUGGAUAAAACCUGGGAUUUAUUCAGCGAAUCAGUAUUGUAAUUUGCCAUUUAAAUCCCCAGUAUAUAUACUAUAGCUGGUAUGGAAAGAUUGUGAUUAUGAAAAUACAAACCAUACAAUUUUAAUAACGGCAAGGUAUAUUGAAAUCAAUUAUGGUGUACUGAUUUGAAUAGUACUGUAUCAAUGUGUUCUGAAUUAGUCACUUAUGAGAUUACAUAAAAGUUAUGAUGCUCUCUAUGUAGGCAGCUCACUAGGUUUUGGAAGAGAGAUCAAAUUUUGUCAGCCAGAAACAUUUUUGAGAGUCUGCAAGUGACAGUUCAUGUACAACUGCUAUAGCACUAUGUUGUGGAUGCAGACUGAACUUUAUGAUCUGGGGGAAAAAGUUUUCAUAUGUUCGAAUUUGUUUUUCUUCCUGACAGAUGUUAAAAAUAUAGACUGUACCAGUACUAGCAAAGUAAUGAAAGUUUCCCUAAGAACCAUCUAAAAUGCACCAUUUAUGAUUACCUUAAAAUUUGAAAAUCGUAUAAUGCUUUUGCUUUCAUCUGCUUUCUUUUCAUUUACUGAAAGGCUUAGGGUUUGGUAUAUUUCAUGCAAUGAAAUAAAAGCAUUUGUUUAUAAAAACAUCUUUUUUAACAAACCGCCCUGUUUUUAAAACAGAACUGUAACUGUUAAUCAAAAAUGUUAAUUUAUGUCACCCUGUUACAUUCUUUGCAUCUCAGGUAUGAAGCGUUUUUCUUUCUAUUUUAACACAUACAGGGACCUCAUACCAGUUUAUUUUGAUUUUAUUAAUCAUGCUGCAUUUACCAUCAUUAUAUUCACACUAAUAUCUUAGUGUUUAUUUAAUGCUCUUUUUUCCAUGCCAGUGUGUGUAUAUAUGCUUGUUUAUUCAUAUCACACAAGCUGUAUAUUGUUUAAACAUAUCCGCAUAAUAAAGCAAGGCUGCCCAGUUGCUGUAACGAUCCGUUGUGAAAUUUAGACCAGAAAAAAGAUGCACUCUAAUUUAGCUUGUAAAUGUGUUACAUGAAGCGGGCAGUUGUCAUAAUAAGGACACGCUACAAGUAGGUCAAGAUCAAAUAGUUUGAAGGAAACGCUGUUCUCACAGUUUUUCGCAUGACCUUGCUAGAAUUAGCUGCACCGACGACACCACAAUGCACACAGAUCCAGAAACGUCUGUAGUUCAGAUGUAAAAGAUAAACAGACAAGCGCUACUUAAAUUUCACCAUGUUCCUCUCACGUUGCAAAACUAUUCUGUGUGCCAGUGAAGCAGAUGUAGUGGGUAGCAUACUGUGCACUGGUAGAUGGAGUACCUGGUUUUUAAGCAAACGGCCUCCCUAGCUCUUGAAAUGAUAGUGGCUUCAGAACACGAAGGGUUUGUGCUUCUUGUAGCAAGCUGAAAUGAAAACGCCUCAUUUUGUUUCUUUUCUUUUUGUUUUAUUUUUUAAAUGUGUUCCUUGGUGUAUUCAUUUGGUUCGAAAUUCGAUUUUAAGCCUAAUUCACAUGUAUGGAAUGAAAUUGUUAAAUAAAUAAAUGCCAA